CGGACCCUGUACGUGGGGGUCCGGAUGCCUCGUCAGAGCCACAGACACCACCGGCCCCACGGCUCCAGACACCGACGGAGAGAGAGGAGGUCUGGGAGCGCCACCACCCCACAGAGCGACGAGCCAGAGAAGAACACUCCAUCCCAGCGGGUGCAGUUCAUCCUGGGCACGGAGGAGGACGCGGAGCACGAGGCCCACGACCUGUUCACGGAGCUGGACGAGAUCUGUGUCCGCGACGGGAAGGAUGCUGAGUGGAAGGAGACCGCACGGUGGCUGAAGUUCGAGGAGGAUGUGGAGGAUGGAGGAGAGCGUUGGAGUAAACCGUACGUGGCCACUCUUUCUCUGCACAGUCUGUUUGAGCUCAGGAGCUGCAUCAUCAAUGGGAGCGUGCUGCUGGACAUGAGGGCGGACUGCAUCGAGGAGAUCGCAGAUAUGGUGUUGGACCACCAGGAGGCGGCGCACGAGCUGGAUGACACCGUGAGGGUGAAAGUUCGCGAGGCUCUGCUGAAGAGACACAAACAUCAGAACGAGAAGAAGAAGAACCUGAUCCCGAUGGUGCGCUCCAUCACUGAGGGAGCACGCAAGCAGUCUGAGCCACAGCUGCCAGGCAGCACCAGCGCUCCUCCUCAGACCACAGCUCAGAGCACAGAGCACAAAAACGGCUCUGCUCCAGAAUCCCAGCCUGAUCUGAGUAAGGUGGAUCUGCACUUUAUGAAGAAGAUCCCAGAGGGUGCAGAGGCGUCUAACGUCCUAGUGGGGGAGCUGGACUUUCUGGAGCGUCCCAUCGUGGCGUUUGUUCGUCUGUCUCCUGCUGUGCUGCUCACGGGGCUCACCGAGGUGCCCAUCCCAACCAGGUUUCUGUUCAUCCUCCUGGGGCCUGAUGGGAAAGCUCAGCAGUAUCAUGAAAUCGGACGCUCCAUGGCGACUAUAAUGACCGACGAGAUCUUCCAUGAUGUGGCGUACAAAGCCAAAGACAGGAGCGACUUGUUGGCCGGCAUAGACGAGUUUUUGGACCAGGUGACGGUGCUGCCCCCUGGAGAGUGGGACCCGUCCAUACGCAUCGAGCCGCCCAAGAACGUGCCCUCCCAGGAGAAGAGGAAGAUGCCCUCAGUGUCUAACGGGACAGUGUGUCCAGUGGAGGAGGAGCAUGGAGAGCACCACGGACCAGAGCUGCAGAGGACAGGGAGGCUGUUCGGAGGCCUCAUCCUGGACAUUAAGAGGAAGGCUCCGUUUUACCUGAGUGACUUCAGAGAUGGUCUGAGUUUGCAGUGUGUGGCCUCCUUCCUGUUCCUGUACUGUGCCUGUAUGUCUCCUGUCAUCACGUUUGGAGGGCUGCUGGGAGAGGCCACCGAGGGACGCAUCAGUGCCAUCGAGUCUCUGCUGGGAGCUUCUAUGACCGGAGUGGCCUACUCUCUGUUUGCUGGUCAGCCCCUCACCAUCCUGGGCAGCACCGGGCCAGUCCUGGUCUUUGAAAAGAUCCUCUUCAGAUUCUGCAAGGACUAUGGCCUGUCCUACCUGUCCCUGCGCACUUGUAUCGGCCUGUGGACAGCGUUCCUGUGCUUGUUGCUAGUAGCGACAGAUGCCAGCUCUCUGGUCUGUUACAUCACGCGGUUCACGGAGGAGGCCUUCGCGGCGCUCAUCUGUCUCAUCUUCAUCUACGAGGCUCUGGAGAAGCUGUUCCACCUCAGAGAGAUCUACCCUUUUAACGCACACAGCGACCUGGACAAGCUCACACUGGCAUACUGCAAAUGUUCAGAGCCUGAUAACCCCAAUAACAAAACUCUGGAGCUGUGGAGUCAGAGGAACAUCACUGCUGCAUUUGUGCCCUGGUCCAACCUCUCGGUGAAGGAGUGCCUGGGUCUUCACGGGCAGUUUGUGGGCACCGCCUGUGGGCACCAUGGACCCUACACGCCUGAUGUGCUCUUCUGGUCCACCAUCUUGUUUUUCUCCACCUUCUUCAUGUCGGCAUUCCUCAAACAAUUUAAAACCAGCAGAUAUUUCCCAACCAAGGUGCGGUCGAUGAUCAGUGACUUUGCCGUUUUCAUCACGAUCCUCACCAUGGUCAUUCUGGAUUACAUCGUUGGAGUUCCCUCACAGAAGCUCAAAGUGCCCAGUAAAUUUCAGCCCACUCGAGAUGACCGCGGCUGGUUCAUAAACCCGAUCGGGCCGAACCCCUGGUGGACGGCUCUGGCAGCUGCCAUCCCCGCUCUGCUCUGCACCAUCCUCAUCUUCAUGGACCAGCAGAUCACCGCCGUCAUCAUCAACCGCAAAGAGCACAAACUCCUGAAGGGCUGUGGGUACCACCUGGACCUCCUGAUGGUCGGGGUGAUGCUGGCCGUGUGCUCGGUGAUGGGUCUGCCCUGGUUCGUGGCGGCCACAGUCCUCUCCAUCACCCACGUCAACAGCCUGAAGCUGGAGUCGGAGAGCUCUGCCCCCGGAGAACAGCCCCGCUUCCUGGGCAUCAGGGAGCAGAGAGUCACCGGCCUCUUCAUCUUCCUCCUCAUGGGCUGCUCCGUCUUCAUGACCGGAGCUCUGCAGUUCAUCCCGAUGCCAGUGCUGUACGGAGUCUUCCUCUACAUGGGAGCAUCGUCAUUAAAAGGAAUACAGUUCUUUGACCGUCUCAAGUUGUUUGGGAUGCCGGCCAAACACCAGCCUGACUUCAUUUACCUGCGUCAUGUCCCUUUAAGAAAAGUGCACCUGUUCACAGUGACUCAGCUCACCUGCCUUGUGCUGCUCUGGGUCAUCAAGACGUCACCUGCCGCCAUCGUCUUCCCCAUGAUGGUUUUGGCGCUGGUGUUUGUGCGGAAGCUGCUGGACCUGUGCUUUUCAAAGAGAGAGCUCAGUUACCUCGACGACCUGAUGCCCGAGUGGAAGAAGAAAAAUCUGGACGACGCCUCAAAGAUUAAAGAGGAGGAGUCUCAGAUAAUGCUUCGUUCUAAAUCCGAAGACUCCACUACAGUUCAGAUCGCCAUGGAGACGUGUAAACCUGCACAGACUCAAAAAGCACACGACCCCAGGUCCGAUCCCUCUGACAUUAAUAUCUCAGACGAAAUGUCUAAAACUACUGUGUGGAAAGCCCUGAACUCCAGCCACAAAGACACGCACAGCUCCAAGAAGGCAAGGAUUGAAGGAAUUGAGUUCAUAGACGAGUAA